GACGUAGCUCACAUGGGCGGAAGAAGCGCGGAAGUUCAGGUUGAAAUGAGUGAAAGCGGCGCUCAGCUGUUUGCACGUCUGGAGGCUCGUCGCUGUCUGAAGGAGAUCGAACCUCGUCUGUUUCCUGAAGAUGGCGGACCCGACCAUGGUGAGGUGGUGGAGCUGUAUGGAACAGAGGGAACAGGUAAGACGGAGCUGCUGUACCACCUGUUGUGUCGCUGUGUGUUGCCGAAGGCUGCUGGCGGACUGGAGGUGGACGUUGUGUUUGUGGACACCAACUACAGUCUGGACAUGUUACGACUGGUCAGCAUCAUCGACAGCAGACUGAACCCAGCUCUCUCUACCAGCUCGCCCAUAGCUGGGUCAGAUGAGGAGGUGUUGCGUUCGUGUCUGUCCCGCCUCCUGGUCGUCCACUGCUCCUCCUCCUCCCAGCUCCUCCUCACCCUCCACUUCCUGGAGAACUCCUUCUCAUCGCGGCCUGGUCUGGCCCUCCUGCUUAUUGACAGCAUUUCUGCUUUCUAUUGGCUGGAUCGCUGCGAGGGCGGGGCCAGCUUUGCCAAGCAGGAGGACAAGCUCAGCAAAUGUUCCGAGCUGCUGGGCCGACUGCUCAGGGAUUACAGAAUCACUGUCUUGGCCACCUGCCACGCCCUCAGGAGGAGCCACAGGGGAACCUCCUCGGACUCCCACCGACCAUACCUCUGUCGCCCCUGGCAAAGACUGGUGACCCACCGGCUGCUGUGCACGCGACAGGAGGCGCCGGACAACGGGUCGGCCGCAGCAGGGAGCAGCGAGGAGCAGGGGAGGCGACAGGUCUUCACUGUCCACUGCACCUCCUGUGGGACCAGGGCUCCAAGGAGCAGCUCCUUUUACGUGACGGACGGAGGAGUGGAGUUCACCUGAAACUCUCCUUUCUUUCAUGAGAGGAGUUCACAAAGGUUUGUAGAGAAGCAGGAGUUGUUCGGAUUUCCUUCUCCGUUGAACUGAACCUGUUUACUGAUACUGAACCUGGGACUCCGAACAAGAUAAGAGAGUAAUAAAGAAAAUACUUGAUACUGAUUCUGUUCUGGAAGGGUCCAGAGGUCCUUACUAUGGAUCUUGAUUGUGAAUGAGGUUCUAAUCUAGGAGGUUCUCGAGGUUGUAAUGUGAAUUCCUGUGCUCAUUUGAAGACUCUACUGAGGAGGAUCUACAGCUCAUAUAAAAACUUCCCUGAUGUUCCAGUGGAGCCUCCAAGUAUCUAAGUUCUCAUAGAAAAGAUCAUCCAAGGAUUAUCAGGAGGUUCUGAGGAGGCCCAGGUGGAUUUGAUGGACCUUCAGUGUUGCACAGUGUAGUUUUGUGGUAUUAAUAACAAUUCUGAAGACUCUGAAGUAUUCAAUAAAGAUAAAAGGAUAUUGGAUGACUAUAAAUAAAAAGAAAUGAUGAUAUGUGUAUUAUGGAUAACAUUUAGUUUAUAUUUAUUAUUUAAUAUUAUUUUGCAAUUUCUAAAGUUUAAUAAUAUUGAGUCUGUGUUUUUGUACAAUAUUUCUAUUAAAAAAAUGUGCACAUUUGA